UGGUCGCCGUUUGCCGGCUCGUCCUUCUCCUCCUUCGCUCUCCUUUGAUAAACACGCGCCGACGAGAGAAGAGUUUACAGAAAACGGAUUUUUUUUUAUCGUUGCAAAAAAGAAAAUUGCACCUCCAAGGACGCACGAUGGUCCUCCUAGGCGAAAUAUUUCCGGACUUCACCGCGGACACGCAAUUAGGCACUAUUAAAUUUCACGAGUGGCUGGGCGAUUCAUGGGGCAUUUUAUUCUCUCAUCCCAAUGAUUUCACACCAGUCUGCACAACUGAAUUGGCACGGGUUGCAAAACUGAUGCCUGAAUUUAGGAGAUUAGGUGUGAAGGUAAUCGCAUUGUCCUGUAACACAGUUGAGUCCCAUCGUAAAUGGAUAAAGGAUAUAAAAAGUUACGGCGAGAUAACAGAUGAGGAAUUUCCAUAUCCGAUAAUAGAGGAUCAAACUAGGAAGCUCGCUACAGCAUUGGGAAUGUUGGAUCCUGCAGAAAUAGACAGUCAGACUGGAUUACCCAUGUCGGCGCGAGCUGUGUUUAUAAUUGAUCCAGUGAAAAAGAUGCGACUAUCAAUUUUAUAUCCAGCCACUACUGGUCGCAAUUUUGAUGAAAUAAUAAGGGUGAUCGAGUCUCUUCAGCUUACAGAAAAGUAUAAAGUAGCAACUCCUGUAGAUUGGAGGAAAGGAGACGACGUAAUGAUUGAUCCAAGUGUAUCGGACAGUGAGGCCAAAGCUUCUUACAAUGAUAUUAAAACUGUGAUGGUGCCUUCUGGCAAAACGUACCUGCGUAUUGUGCCACAACCUAUAGAUGCGUAAAAGAAAACCUGUGCACUGUCGUUAAUAAUACUGCAAUUCAUUCUUGGCAGAGAAAAAUUUUCAUCAGAAUAUGGGAGUUCCAUUUAUUCACAUGCACACACGCAUGUGCAUAUAUAUAGAUAUAUAUAUAUGUUUAUGUCAUACCUGGAGAAGAACAGGCUAAAAACACAUUAAGUCACAGUUCAGUGACGCUAAAAAAAUAAAAAUAAAGAAAAUGUUCUAUAUAUUUUCAAAGAAGCUAUAUUAAAAUUCAAACUCUGCACGAGCCAUUAUUUGUAUGAUAUAAAUGUUCCAUUUAUGCUGUCUUAAGAGAUAAGCCGUUCAAUAUUUUCUUAUUAUACAUUAAAUAUAAUAUAUAAUAU